AACUUAUUAAAUAACAGUAAGAUACAAUAAGAUUUUAAAAUAAUAUACGAAUAUCUUUAAUCGUUCAUGCUACGAAAACGUUCGAAAAACGCGCGCAUUCAGAAGUGCACCGACGCGUGUACUUUCUGUACUUUACAGAUCUGUUCCUCGAAUUCUUCGUGCUUUUCAUUCUUCCUUCUUUUCUCUCCAAUGUCAAAUUAUCUAUACAUUUCAUUUCAAGUGCAGGAAAGUCUAACGUAGUGCAACAAAUGAAAGAUAGAAUGGCAAAACGACCUUGGAGCACCGGGUACCGAGUUUCCCCGAUGCGCCGUAGCUGCACCCGUCUGCACCCGCCCCCGCGAGCAUGUCGUAAUCGACGAUGCAAACAACAGUAAUCUGUCACUUGGCACGUCCGUGAUGACGCCGACUCGAAAUGUCGCGCACCGCCGCGUGCGCGCGUAAUCCGGGUGUGGAUCGUCAUCGUCGUCGUCGGCAGCGAAAUCAGCGGGACGUCGUUCAACCCGUCAUCAUCGUCGUCGUCGUCUGGAUUGAUCUUGAUCAUCGCGCGGCAUAGUUUGACAUUUCGGCGCGGCGCCGAUGCGUUCCGCUCGCUUCCCGUGGGAUGCGCGCCCGCCACUCGUAGCGCCCGUUGUUUACCUCUCGACGACCCUCGCUUCAUCGGCAACUCUUAUCAUGUUACGCGCUGAUACGAACGAUGCUCCAAUUUUUUAAGAAGAUUGGACAGAAGGAUAAGUCCGAAUUAUUAGAAACUUCACCUACGAAAUCGACGAACUCGGGUAACUUUCUGGCAGAUGCGUUCAACGAUGGUGCACCAUCCAUUCAAACAUCCUCGGGUGUAUUAUGCAAUCUCGAGGAAGAAGAGGAGGAAGAGAUUUGCAGUAAUGACUCUAAGGAAGCACGCGUCUUCACCUCUCGGUUAUCUAAAGCUCUGCCAGAAGUACUUACUGACAAAAGUGCCCUUGGUUACUUCAUUCAGUUUAUGGAUACCAGAAAACAUAUAGCUCUUAUCAAGUUUUGGCUAGAGGUAGAAUGUUUAUGUAGCGCAUCUGGUAUUCAACCCGAAGAAAGAAUCGGGCCGUCAAAUCAAAAGUUGGUGGACGCCUUGCCUACUUCUUUAGAUGAUAACGAAAACUUUAGCUGCGACGUUCUUGCUAGUGGUGUAGAUACUAAAACGAGCAGCGAAAUGACGUUCGAUGAGAAGGCGGACGAUGCGACAUCCAACGAUAUGCCAAAGACUAGUCAAGCGAUAAGCGAAACGCGACAAUCAAAUCAUGAUUGCGGAAGUAGGAGACAUGAUGUGACGACGACUAAGCAGGAUGCCUUGAGGAUUUACAAGAAGUACAUUCUUAAGGAAACUCUGGGUAUAAAUCAAAUAUCUGAGGAAUUGAAAUUAGAUAUGGAGAAAGCUGUUGUUCAGGAAAAUAUAGAGCCUAUAUUACGGUGCCUAUCUGCUAUUCAAAGCAUAGUAUAUGAUGUAUUAGAGAACGAAUAUAUUAACGAUUUUUUACGAAGCGAAUUUCACUGUAAACAUCAAAUCGAUGUACUCACCAGUGGCAAUGUACAAUUAGCAGAUAUAUUGUAUAAUGAAACAGCAUUCUUUUAUUUCAUGGAGUUUAUGGAACUCGAAAAUAAACGAGAGUUGUUGGACUUUUGGAUGUCGGCUAUUAAUUACAAGCAAAAUCUUUUAGAGAAAAAAGGUGAAGCCAAUCCUGAAGAAGCACAAUCUGAUGCUGUUAUUAUAUAUGAGAAAUAUUUUAGCUUGCAAGCGACCAUGCCGCUUGGAUUUAGCGACAAGAUUCGUUUUCACGUAGAACAAAAUAUUUGCCGUGAAGAUGAGAGUGGCCCGCAACCUGAUUGUUUCGAUAAACCUAGUAAAAUUGUUUAUCAUUUUCUCAACAAGCAUUAUCUCCCGGCAUUCUUAUCAUCGCAGCUGUAUUAUAAAUACUUAUCAGAACUAAUCAGCACAAUUCAGACCAGCCCGUGUCCGAGUUUACAUUCCAAGAUAAGAAGAACAGGUUCAGAUUGUAGCAGCGAAGUAAGCUCUGUGUGCACUAGUAUGCCAAGUAUUUCUUAUAUAGGAAAUAAUGGCAACAGAUUAUCUGAUAAGAAAACUAUUAACAGUCACUUGAAUAUCGAUACCAGGCAACUUUAUGAUCCAGAUUCUUUAUGGCGACGUAAUAAAUAUAGUUUAAGCAUCGGUUACAUUGAUAAUUUAGGUAGAUUUAUUCCCGAAAUAGAGCCCGAUCCUUAUAGAAAAUACGAAUCUCGCCUAACCCGUGUUGUAAAACGAUUUGUAAAUAUAGAACAAGAUAAGGCUAAAGAAGAGUUAGCAUGGAGGAUUGCCGAGAUGAUCAUUCGUGAAAUCACAUCCUUGACACUUGGAGCUUCAAAUCUUCCCUCUUGAUGGUGCAAACUUUUUAUGGCGAUUCCGAGGCUUCAAUUUUCUUUAAGUAUAAAAUAUGUUGUGUGUUUGUGUAAGUAAAUUAUGUUUUGUCUUUUUAUUUUAAAUGUUAAUUAGCGCGAUAAUGCUGCAAAUUUUGCCAAAGUGCCAAACACAAGCAAACAAAAAAA